GCCUUAAUUCGCCACUGCUGUAGCUGUCAAUUAAAACCGCAUGCGCUUAUAGCUGCACACUCCUGCAUUUUUGUAUUUGACUAAAAAGCAACGCAGCAUGUUUUCUCUUUUGAAAAGCGUAAGCAAGAGACGAAUUGACGUUCUCCAAACUUUGCGGUUGAAGAGCAGUAGUUCUAUUUCAGGAGUUUCUGUCUUUACUCGAGAAGCACGCCAAACUUCUGUAUGCGGUGGCGAACAUCUUGACAAUGCACCUACAAUCAAAGAUCUCAAAAGACGAUUUUCGGAUAAAAGGCCUUAUAAUGUUCCUCCCAGUGCCGAAUUUGUCGCGAGGGUUUCUGGAAUUGCUACAAUGGGAAAGUUGCCUUUCCAAGACUCUGCAGAGGGCCUUGACGCUGCGUUUGUAGGAGUCCCAAUCGACCAGGGUACUUCAAACCGACCUGGGGCAAGGUUUGGUCCACGACAUAUCAGGGCAGAGUCGGCCAUGUUGAGGAGUUUCAAUGGGGGCACAAAGGCAGCUCCAUAUGAGUCCUUGAUGGUGGCUGAUAUCGGCGAUGUAAACGUAAAUAUGUAUGACCUGAAGGACACCUGCAAACGAAUCCGUGAGGCUUACCGCAAGAUCUUGGCCACAAACUGCAUCCCAUUAACAAUGGGUGGUGAUCACACAAUAGCAUACCCAAUUCUUCAAGCUGUUGCUGAGAAACAUGGUCCUGUGGGCCUGAUCCACGUAGAUGCCCACUCUGACACUAGUGACGUAGUUUUCUGGGAGAAGAUAACCCACGGGACGCCAUUCCGACGCUGCGUGGAGGAGGGGCUGCUGGACUGUCAGAGGGUGGUCCAAAUCGGCAUGCGUGGGACCACCUACUCCUCAGAUACAUACCAGUGGGGCCGCGACCAGGGCUUCCGUGUUGUACAGGCAGAGGAGUGCUGGCACAAGUCCCUGUCCCCCCUCAUGGCUGAAGUCAGGAAGCAGAUGGGGCAGGGUCCCGUCUACCUGAGCUUCGACAUCGAUGCCUUGGACCCCGCCUUCGCUCCCGGCACAGGCACACCUGAAAUCGGGGGGCUCACACCCAUCCAGGGACUGGAGAUAAUCCGAGGCUGUCGAGGCCUGAAUCUCAUUGGCUGUGACCUGGUAGAGGUUUCGCCACCAUAUGACACCACAGGCAAUACUGCACUGACUGGUGCCAACCUGCUAUUUGAAAUGAUGUGUGCCCUUCCGAUGAUAAAAUACUACUGAAAUGGUAGUCUGCUGCCAAUUUAUGCAAAGCCUGAAAAAUCCAAGUUGCCAUAAGUCCCCUUACAUUACGAUUGAUUAUGAAAUGGAAUUGAUCUUAAAAUGAUCAGCAAAGUUGUCCAAUACCGCAGCAUGAAUGGCUGAGAGAAUGUGAGAUGUAAAAUAAUAUACGGAAAGCAUGUAAUGAAGAAGAAUAUAAAAAUGCUUGUAAAAUAAUGGUUCUUUGUCCUGGACAUCAGAGCUUACCAAGUUACUUACCAAUCAGUUACUGAUUAACUAAAAAUGUUUAUAUAAAGUUAUCUUUGUGGUACAAGGCCCUUCAAAUGAAAACCUUAUCAUAGUCCUUCUAGCAAUACAAAUAUUAUAGGGACUGUAACUAAACUCUGGGUGCAUCAAUGUGUUCUGAACAUUACAUGCACCAAAAAAAACAAUGUCUCUUUUAUAUGAAUUUAAAUCUUUAAUGCAUGAACACAAACAGCUGUAGCCGAGUCAAAAUAGAAGUCGUUAACAUGGGGAAACAUCCUGGAUAAAUUGGCUGAGAUCUGAUGUCACAAUAUCUUUGCUGUUCUUUAUAAAUCUAACACUUGUUUUGUUAAAAUCAUAAAGAGAUUAAAGUUUGAAUGUGUUAA